GCUGUCUUUACAAAUUCGUAUGAACCACGGCUGGCGCCCGACUACGAUUCCGCCGCCCGGGUAUCAUAUCUGCAGCACCACCUGCCCUCUCAUGCUGAGAAGCCCCAUAACAAAUCCACUCAAAGUCCGCGCACGACCCUCGGCUGCCGCCGGUUAUGAGAAUCAAGAACGCCCGCUAAUGCUUCUCCGGGAGGGCGGGUUCUCUCGCCAGAUCCUGGCUAUCUGAUAACCCGGGCAACCGAGCAACGUGUAAUCUGAUUAGAUGGAGUCGCCAGGGGAGCAUCGCGGCCCAGAUCGCGGCCAGAACCACGGUCCACGGUCCAGGACGGCCCACGUUUGUAAUCUGAUUAGAUAUAGAUCCCGGUGCUGGAGAAAGGGCUUGGACGAGGCUCCACGCGACGUUCAGGAGUGGCACCGCUGCAGACCACGAGGGACGAAACUCCUCGCUACUUGGUCUUCGGCCGAUCCAUCGGAUGUGUUUUUUUCGCCCGAUGUCGGCCGGGUGUCCAACUCGGUUACGAGAGGCCCAAGUUCUUCAAAAUGUCGUGGAUAAAAUUCGUGUGUACGCGCGCUAUAAGUAGGCCCAGAGGCCUCGUGUUUCCUCACAUACUUCCAGUCAAAGUUCCGAGCGGAGGUCUGGGUCCAAACUGACAAUCAGAACCACGAUAGUAUGCGCUCGGGCUGUGUCUUGUAUAUAAAGUCACAAUUCUCUAGGACCGCACCGGCGUGUGCUGCCUCUUUUUAACGUCCUCGAUUCCUUCUGGGCCAGCAUGUGUUCUCAAGGGAAGCCUCCAACUUUAGAAUGUGGCGUGCGACUAUCUUGCACUCCAUCCUGAAACGCAAGCCACCGAGAUAUGUGGGAGCUUCCUCCCUCGAUGUGCAAUUCUCUGAGCGACUAUGAAAUGUAUCAAAAUCGGAUUGUCCGGCCCGGCUUCCGCAAGCGGCGAUCAGCACAUCACGGAUGGCUGCUGCAAUUUCCCCACGUCCCUAGAAGGAGCUGUAGAUGCAAUUGUGAUCAUCCAUCCUACUACCACCUCCACUGGUCACUGCUUCCCCACUAGUCAGAAACCAUGGUGGCGACCUCGCGCCCGGUGCCUCCCCCUCGACGACGGAGUCUCCAAGCGCUCGCAGGCUUCCUGCUCCAACCCCUCUCUGGGCUCGACCGGCAUGUCGGAUUCGCAUCGACGACCACGCUGCACGGGACGCGCGGCGGGCCAAGCGACGGGAUUCCGGUCGAUAUCCUGCUCGAGGUCGUCUCGUACCUCGACCCGGAGGACGUCCUCAACGUCAGCCUCACGUCAUCCUUCGUGCGAUCGGUCCUCGAGCCGGGGCUCUACCACUCGGUGCAGCUGCGCUCGAGCACGACGUGCCGCUCCGGCCUCGAUCUGCUCUCGCGCCGACCGCAGCUGUGCCGGUACGUGCAGCGGCUGGCGGUGCGGCCGAACUACUACCUCGCGUGGCCCGUCCGCGACGAGUGUCUGCGCGAGGACGAUCUGUCUGACACGAUAUGUCGCCUGGCUCCUCGGCUCACGAAUCUGCGAUCGUUCGACUGGGAUGGGCUCGAGAUGCCCGCGGAUAGGGUUUGGCGUGCGUUGAGGCUGUCAUGCCCUUCGCUGACUGAGGUGUACACGAAUCUGGGAUGCGGAUCCCUAGACCCACAAAGCGAACUGUUCAAAUUCAGCGAUCUGACUGUGUUUUCCUUAUCUGUGAGGCACGGGCUGGGUGACGGCAAUGGAAUCCCGCUCGUCGAGGAACUCCCGGCACAGCUUUGGGACAUGCUUUUGGAUCGGUGCAAGAACUUGCGGGAGCUAACACUGUGCUCCUUCUCGGCAUCGCAGCGGCUGCUUGAUGUCGAUCGAGCCGUGCAAGGGAGAUGGCCGCAGCUGACUUCACUGACGCUGGGCGCCUAUGGGUACAACAGCGAUCUCUCGGUCGCUGCACCGUCGGCCGUGGACUUUGGGGCGUUCCUUGCUGCCCACCCGGCGCUGACCUAUCUCCGUGUCGCGUGGAACUUCAGACACUGGCCGUCACCCAUCGAAUCGGACUCGUUCGCAGUCACUCUACCGGCUGGGCUCGAAACGCUGUCGGGUAUCAUGCAGCAACUUCCGAUGUCGCUGUCGAACUCAAACUUUGUCACCCCGAGAUUGGAACAGCUCACUUGCCUCGACCUCAUGUGCGAGCCGCUGUAUCUGAGUCGAGCAGCGAUGAUGUGCUCGGCGCUAGCAGCGCUGCCCCAACUGACUAGUCUGGAGCUUUGGGUCCACUUGCUGGACCCUAAAGCGGGACACGAAGAUCUCUUCCGCUCGCUGUGGAAGUCGGCUCCUAAGCUAGAGGAGCUCCAUUUCAUGUGCACAACAGCAUUUGGGAGGAAACCGCUCUCGGAGCUCGCGCGCUCGCUGCGCCUGUUGCCCGCGCUGCGCACCUUCGCGCUGACCAAGGGCCACCGCUACGCCGACGAGAGCAUGCGCAGCUCCGCCUUGCGCAUCUACGGCGCCCUCGCUCCUCCCGCGGACGCGGCGGCGGCGCCGCUGCCCAGCCUCACGUCGGUCAGCAUCCGCUGGGCCCGCGCCGUCUGCCGCAACCACCUGAAGCAGGAAGGGACGUACGAGCGGGUGUGCCAGACCGACCAGGCCCGCGCUCCGCCUGCAGCGGUGCAUCUGCAAGUCUGGGAACGCGGCAUCCGCGCUGUCGGCGGCCCGUUCGAGCGGCGGCAUCGCGUCCCGCUGGGGAAGAGGUGGCAGAGCGCUGCACGUGACAGCCCGACGUGAUCGUGAUUGAUUUUGGGCUGGAAAGAAGACGCGUGGGAUGUAGAAUAUAUAUGUAGCGGUGCUGUGUCGUUGUGUCGUUGUAGUCUUUUAGUGUCGGUGUAUCUGUGCAGACCUUGUAUUUAUGGAAUUUUACAUCGUA